UUGUCUCGGUUGCACGGUGGGUGUCCCAGUAACCGGCGCAUGCACAGCCUGGAGAUCCGGGAGCGGAGCGCUUGAAGUUAAACACCCGAGAGCAGCGCACACCCAUCGGCUUUCAAGUAUAGGAGGAAGACAGCAGAAAGGACGGAGGAGACGGACUUAUAAAACACAUCAAUGAUGGCACUAGCCAGAGAUCCAGGGGCGGGCCAGGAGAAUAAAGAUGCAGCCGACCAAAACUUUGAUUACAUGUUUAAGUUGCUGAUAAUCGGCAACAGCAGCGUGGGAAAGACGUCUUUCCUGUUCCGCUUUGCAGAUGACUCCUUCACUUCAGCCUUUGUCAGCACAGUGGGCAUCGACUUCAAAGUCAAGACCAUCUACAGGAACGACAAGAGGGUCAAACUUCAGAUCUGGGACACUGCAGGUCAGGAGCGCUACAGGACCAUCACCACAGCCUACUAUAGAGGAGCCAUGGGAUUCCUGCUCAUGUACGACAUCACGAGUCAGGAGUCUUUCUGUGCGGUGCAGGACUGGGCAACCCAGAUUAAGACGUACUCGUGGGGCAACGCUCAGGUAGUGCUUGUGGGCAAUAAGCUGGACCUGGAGGAGGACAGGCAGGUCCCUACCGAGGAUGCCCUAAGACUGGCCACAGAGCUCGGCUUCCAGUUCUUUGAAGCCAGUGCCAAAGACAACAUCAAUGUAAAGCAGGUUUUUGACAAGCUGGUGGAUGUCAUCUGCGAGAAGAUGAGCGAGAGCGUCAACGGUGAUUCGAGUCCGUCAGCCAAUCAGAAGGAGGCCGGCCUGAAGGAGACGCCCAGCAGCAGCCCAGGUGGCUGUGCAUGCUGAUGGCUGGCAAUGGAAAGCCGGUUUCAUAGUCACAUACACAGAUCAACUCUAUUGUCAAAAUCUAUCAUUUUGAAUGUAGUUAUUCAUGGUGCUGCAAUAAUAUCAUGGAUUCUUGGCUUCCUUUUUUAAUUUUAUCUUUCACAACUUCGUGACGACUGAGCUUCAUUGUGAUGUGACUGUUACACUGAGAUGCCAAAGAGCUGCAAAGAGCAGUCGUGCCUUUUGCCUGACAACACUGCUUUGUUAUAUCUUGUCUAGUGAGUGAACAGCACCUGUUGCAGGCCAGGAUGUGAAUGAAAGGCAUUAGCAAAAUCAGCAUGUUGUGAGGAUCACUCUGGUUUACUUGUGUCAUGCUACCCCCUUGUGGUUGCUGCAUGAAAAUGCAUCACUGUGAGUCAUCGCUGCACUAAACGGUAUGUUGUGAACUGCUGAGGAAGAACAGUCAUUAACAGCUCAGUGCAAAGUCAAACACACCUGAAGGUUGUAGUCAACACACCUGAAAGGGUGCUGUGUCAUUCCAGGUAUAUGUGCGCAGUCCGGACAUUAUAACUAAGGGAUAUUCUCAUCAGCUUUAAUUUAUAUUGUUUGUUUUUUUUCUUUUUGUACCUUAAUGCUAAUUAAUGAUUUUCUUUAGCCAGGUUUAUUUUGUAUCUAAAAGUGGAUAUUAAAAGAUGUGGAUCAGUA